GCAGGCAUAAAUUUUGAUAGUUAUCAGUCAAGUUUUUUCUGUAGAAAAAAAUGGUGGAUUUUGUCGUAAAAAGUUUUUUGUUCAAAAAUAAAAUUUGUCUUAUGCUCUAAAUAUUGACAAGUAGUUACAUAAAUUUAAUUCGCAUAUUGGAGGCGAUUCUUGCAGCACUGACAACUGUUAUAUUAGCAUUGGAGCUAAUUGAAUCGGUGGUUUUAGUGCAAAAGUUAGCAGCUGGAGCCAUUGUUAUUGUUUUGAUUCAAUUUGCAGCAACUACAGCUUUAACCGCAUUAGCUAUUCAAUUGGAUGUGUUUAUUAUUGGUUAAUUGAAAAUUUCUAGAAAAUAAUUUUCUGAAAUUUAAAAUCCAAAAAUCAAAAUAUUUGUCAUAACAUUGACAAAAACAUUUUUUUCAACCGAAUUAUUAUAAUUUAUAUCAAAUCUGAAUCCUGUACAGCAACAAUUUUACCAAAUGGGUACCAAUUCGGCGGCGACAACUGGUAUAAAUAAUAAACCAGUUGGGGGUGCUGGCGGAGUUGGUGGUACGGGUAUAAUGGCUGGAGUAGGUUCAGCCAAUGUUGGUGGCCUCGGUGGUGUUAACAACAGCGGUGGAAUUGACGAUGGAAAUGGCGGAGGAGCACAUGGUAAUAAUACUCAACAAACCACUCCGCAAUAUACCAUACCUGGAAUUUUGCAUUUCAUACAACACGAGUGGUCUAGGUUUGAAAGUGAAAGAGCACAGUGGGAUGUUGAUCGAGCAGAAUUACAGGCUCGUAUUGCCAUGUUGCUAGGUGAAAGAAAAGGGCAAGAAAGUGUCAAAUCAGAUUUAAUUAGACGAAUUAAAAUGUUGGAAUAUGCCCUUAAACAAGAACGCGUUAAAGUUCACCGAUUGAAAUUUGGUUGUGAUCCACCACCUCUAAAUGAUAUUAAACCACCAUCUGAAGAAGCUGGUAUCGGAAGUGACGUAGCUCCGGAUUCUGAGGUACCAUACAGCUCAGUAUCGAAUACAACUUGGCGCCAAGGUAGACAAAUGUUGCGGCAAUAUUUACAAGAAAUAGGUUACACGGACACCAUAAUUGAUGUCCGUGCCAAUCGUGUAAGAUCACUGUUGGGAAUGAAUAACAAUACAGAACAAGAAGAAAAUGUGAACCCAAAUAUAAAUGGCAAUGAAAAUAAUAAAAGAGCAUCAGAAUCGCAAGGACGGCGAACUCCAGCAAAAAAAUCGCAAAUGAGUGACGGGAUCAUAUUAGAUUCAACCGAAGAAGCGGUUAUGGCAAACUUUGAAUUUUUGGGUCAAGACGUGGAAAUGUCUGAUGACGAUGAAAUCUCAGAUGAUCUAGAUAUGGUCACAGGCGUAAAUGAAGAUGCUGACAUGAAAACAACAAAACGUAAAAGUAAAGAUAUGAUAAAUGUGGAAGAAGUUGAUGCCGAGGCUGAGGAGCUUCUAAAUGAUUUGAAUCUAUUGUCAGAAGGUUUUGCUAAUACAGACGCAACUCGCCGGAAUUUAAUAAAUAACGAUGAAGAAGUAGAUGCAACUCUAGGCUUGGGUGAUUUGGCUCAACUAACAGUUAAUAAUGAUGCUGAUGAGGUGCCCUCAACCAGCGGUAAAGAUUCUAGCUACCGAAAAACAUGGAACGCUAAGUAUACACUACGUUCACAUUUUGAUGGUGUGCGUGCUUUAGCAUUUCAUCCAGAAGAACCUGUCCUUAUUACAGCUUCUGAAGAUCAUACGUUGAAAUUGUGGAAUUUACAGAAAACUGUACAAGCUAAGAAAUCAGCUAGUCUCGAUGUCGAACCAUUGUAUACAUUUAGGGCCCAUACUGGACCAGUUUUAUGUUUAGCAAUGUCAACAACCGGAGAAUAUUGUUACUCAGGUGGAUUAGAUGCACAAAUUCAUUGCUGGAAACUGCCAAGCUCUAAUAUAGAUGCAUAUGAUUGUUAUGAUCCUUCAGUAUUAAAAACAACAUUUGAGGGACAUACUGAUGCUGUUUGGGGCCUAUCUGUUGAUCAUUCAAAAGGAAAUAUUGUUUCUUGUUCGGCGGAUGGAACAGUUAAACUAUGGUCACCAACAACAAAAGUGCCAUUGCUACAAACAUAUACCGCAUCAGAAGCUGAUGGUAUACCAACCUCAGUUGAUUUUGUUCGCGACGAGCUAAACCGUAUUGUUGUGGCAUAUAAUAGCGCCCAUUGUAUUAUAUAUGAUACGGAAUCUGGUAAACAAAUUAUAAAAUUAGAGCCAACACAAGAAAUGUCUGGCAAUACGGGUAAGUUCAUUAAUAAAGUCGUUAGCCAUCCAACAUUACCAAUAACAAUAACAGCACAUGAAGAUCGUCAUAUAAGAUUUUGGGAUAACACAUCUGGUUCAUUAGUACAUUCAAUGGUUGCCCAUUUAGAACCAGUAACUAGUUUAGCUAUAGAUAAAUAUGGUUUAUAUUUAUUAUCUGGUUCACAUGAUUGUUCAAUACGAUUAUGGCAUUUCGAUAAUAAAACAUGUGUACAAGAAAUAACAGCUCAUCGUAAAAAAUUUGAUGAAAGUAUAUUUGAUAUCGCAUUUCAUCCAAAUAAACCUUAUAUAGCAUCAGCUGGUGCUGAUGGCUUAGCUAAAGUUUUUGUUUAAAUUUAAAUUCAUUGUUUUCUUAAUUUUUUUAAAUUGAUUUUAUUUUAUCUCUUACUCUUUUUUUUUUGAAUAAAUAAGUUAAAUGUUUAAUAUAAAAGCAAAAUAAAAAAUCUAAAUUUUAUGUGAGUUUGUAUUAAAGUUUUAGACCAUAAGAUUUAAUAAUUGUGGUGAAAAUAUGAUUAAUUAGUUUAGAUGAAAUCUCAUGGAAAUAAUUAGAAUUACAUUCGAAUUGACACAAGAAUCUGUAAGAAAAUUAAAAAAAAAUAUUUUCCACUUUAGAUAUUUUUAAUUUAAUAAUUCAAUUUAACUCAAUGAAGUUAAUUCAAAAUUGUUAAUAAAAGUUUUGCAUGCGAUUUAGUU